AUGCAAUCGAAAGUGACAGGAAACAUGCCAACUCAAUCCCUCUUAAUGUACAUGGAUGGGCCAGAAGUGAUUGGCAGCUCUCUUGGCAGUCAGAUGGAGAUGGAGGACGCCAUGUCAAUGAAAGGGACCGCUGUUGUUCCAUUCCGAGCUACGCAAGAAAAAAAUGUCAUCCAAAUCGAGGGGUAUAUGCCCUUGGAUUGCAUGUUCUGCAGCCAGACCUUCACACAUUCAGAAGACCUUAAUAAACAUGUCUUAAUGCAACACCGGCCUACCCUUUGUGAACCAGCAGUUCUUCGGGUUGAAGCAGAGUAUCUUAGUCCGCUUGAUAAAAGUCAAGUGCGAACAGAACAUCCCAAGGAAAAGAAUUGCAAGGAAAAUGAAGAAUUUAGCUGCGAGGUAUGCGGGCAGACAUUUAGAGUCGCUUUUGAUGUUGAGAUCCACAUGAGAACACACAAAGAUUCUUUCACUUACGGGUGUAACAUGUGUGGAAGAAGAUUCAAGGAGCCUUGGUUUCUUAAAAACCACAUGCGGACACAUAAUGGCAAAUCGGGGGCCAGGAGCAAAGUGCCGCAAGGCUUGGAGAGUCCAGCAACGAUCAACGAGGUCGUCCAGGUGCAUGCGGCCGAGAGAAUCUCCUCUCCGUACAAAAUCUGCAUGGUUUGUGGCUUCCUAUUUCCAAAUAAAGAAAGUCUAAUUGAGCAUCGCAAGGUGCACACCAAAAAAGCUGCUUUCGGUACCAGCAGCGCGCAGACAGACUCUCCACAAGGAGGAAUGCCAUCCUCGAGGGAAGGCUUCCUGCAGUUGUUCAACUUGAGACCAAAAUCUCACCCUGAAACGGGGAAGAAGCCUGUCAGGUGCAUACCUCAGCUCGAUCCAUUCACCACCUUCCAGGCUUGGCAGCUGGCUACGAAAGGAAAAGUUGCCAUUUGCCAAGAAGAAGUGAAGGAAUCGGGGCAAGAAGGGAGCACCGACAACGAUGAUUCGAGUUCCGAGAAGGAGCUUGGAGAAGUUUGGAAUGCGAAUAAAAGCCAUUCGGAAGGUUCUGGAAAGGCCAAAACAAAUAAGGGCAGUUGUGCAGGCCUCUCGCAAGAGAAAGAGAAGUGCAAACACUCCCACGGCGAAGCGCCCUCCGUGGACGCGGAUCCCAAGUUACCCAGUAGCAAGGAGAAGCCCACGCACUGCUCCGAGUGCGGCAAAGCUUUCAGAACCUACCACCAGCUGGUCUUGCACUCCAGGGUCCACAAGAAGGACCGGAGGGCUGGCGCGGAGUCGCCCACCAUUUCUGUGGACGGGAGGCAGCCGGGGACGUGUUCUCCUGACCUCGCUGCCCCUCUGGAUGAAAAUGGAGCCGUGGAUCGAGGGGAAGGUGGUUCUGAAGAUGGAUCUGAGGAUGGGCUUCCUGAAGGAAUCCAUCUGGAUAAAAAUGAUGAUGGAGGAAAAAUAAAGCAUCUUACAUCUUCAAGAGAGUGUAGUUAUUGUGGAAAGUUUUUCCGUUCAAAUUAUUACCUCAAUAUUCAUCUCAGAACGCAUACAGGUGAAAAACCAUACAAAUGUGAAUUUUGUGAAUAUGCUGCAGCCCAGAAGACAUCUCUGAGGUAUCACUUGGAGAGACAUCACAAGGAAAAACAAACCGAUGUUGCUGCUGAAGUCAAGAGCGAUGGUAAAAAUCAGGACACUGAGGAUGCACUAUUAGCCGCUGACAGUGCGCAAACCAAAAAUUUGAAAAGAUUUUUUGAUGGUGCCAAAGAUGUUACAGGCAGUCCGCCUGCAAAGCAGCUUAAGGAGAUGCCUUCUGUUUUUCAGAAUGUUCUGGGCAGCGCUGUCCUCUCACCAGCACACAAAGAUACUCAGGAUUUCCAUAAAAAUGCAGCUGAUGACAGUGCUGAUAAAGUGAAUAAAAACCCUACCCCUGCUUACCUGGACCUAUUAAAAAAGAGAUCAGCAGUUGAAACUCAGGCAAAUAACCUCAUCUGUAGAACCAAGGCGGAUGUUACUCCUCCUCCGGAUGGCAGUACCACCCAUAACCUUGAAGUUAGCCCCAAAGAGAAGCAAACGGAGACUGCAGCUGACUGCAGAUACAGGCCAAGUGUGGAUUGUCAUGAAAAACCUUUAAAUUUAUCCCUGGGGGCUCUUCACAAUUGCCCGGCAAUUUCUUUGAGUAAAAGUUUAAUGCCGAGUAUCACCUGUCCAUUUUGUACCUUCAAGACAUUUUAUCCAGAAGUUUUAAUGAUGCACCAGAGACUGGAGCAUAAAUACAAUCCUGACGUUCAUAAAAACUGUCGAAACAAGUCCUUGCUUAGAAGUCGACGUACUGGAUGCCCGCCAGCGUUGCUGGGAAAAGAUGUGCCUCCUCUCUCUAGUUUCUGUAAACCCAAGCCCAAGUCUGCUUUACCAGCGCAGUCCAAAUCCCUGCCAUCUGCGAAGGGGAAGCAGAGCCCUCCUGGGCCAGGCAAGGCCCCUCUGACUUCAGGGAUAGACUCUAGCACUUUAGCCCCAAGUAACCUGAAGUCCCACAGACCACAGCAGAAUGUGGGGGUCCAAGGGGCCGCCACCAGGCAACAGCAAUCUGAGAUGUUUUCUAAAACCAGUGUUUCCCCUGCACCGGAUAAGACAAAAAGACCCGAGACAAAAUUGAAACCUCUCCCAGUAGCUCCUUCUCAGCCCACCCUCGGCAGCAGUAACAUCAAUGGUUCCAUCGACUACGCUGCCAAGAACGACAGCCCAUGGGCACCUCCAGGAAGAGACUAUUUCUGUAAUCGGAGUGCCAGCAACACUGCAGCAGAAUUUGGUGAGCCCCUUCCAAAAAGACUGAAGUCCAGCGUGGUUGCCCUUGAUGUUGACCAGCCCGGGGCCAAUUACAGAAGAGGCUAUGACCUUCCCAAGUACCAUAUGGUCAGAGGCAUCACAUCACUGUUACCGCAGGACUGCGUGUAUCCGUCGCAGGCACUGCCUCCCAAACCAAGGUUCCUGAGCUCCAGUGAGGUCGAGUCUCCAAAUGUGCUGACUGUUCAGAAGCCCUAUGGUGGCUCCGGGCCACUUUACACUUGUGUGCCUGCUGGGAGUCCAGCAUCCAGCUCGACGUUAGAAGGAAAAAGGCCUGUGUCAUAUCAACACUUAUCUAACAGCAUGGCACAAAAGAGAAACUAUGAGAAUUUUAUUGGGAAUGCACAUUACCGACCAAAUGACAAAAAACCUUGAUUCACUAAUGAGGGGGAGAAAAGGUCUUGGUGGAUGUCAGUGCCUACUCUCCAUGAAAUUAAGUUUUACUUCAUCCUUUGAGAAGCGAAUGGUGAAAGCUACUGAAAUAAGCUGUGAUUGUACUGUACAUAAAACAUAAGGAAUCUGCAA